CCGGUCUCUCCGCUGAUUGCUUUUCUCGCGUGAUUGCCAAUUAGCGUUUAGCCCCGCGCGCUUCGUCGCUUCCGGUGCCGAGGAGCGACUGGCGGAAGGCCGCAUAUGUCACCGACUUAACGCCGCGUGUAAAGUCGUCGUCUUCUGCGGGAGGGGCCGCCGCCAUGACCGCCCUGUGUCGCCUGGUCACCAGGACGCAACGGACGCUCCUCGCGCUUUCUCCGGGCGGACGCCGGACGUCGUGUCGCGCGCCGGCCGGACGCAGGGACGCGAGCUCGGCCAGCUCGUCCGGCACCAGCUUAGUCAACCUGACUUACGACGUGUUUGACGGGAAGGGAGAAAGCGGCACGCCGCUGGUCUUCCUGCACGGAUUGUUCGGGAGCAAAUCAAACUUUCACUCCAUCGCCAAGUCGCUGGUGCAGCGGACCGGUCGAAAGGUGCUGACCAUUGACGCCCGUAACCACGGCAACAGCCCCCACAAUCCCCAGCUGACGUACCAGGCCAUGAGCGGUGACCUCUCCCACCUUCUGUCCCAGCUGCGGAUCGACAAGUGCGUCCUGAUCGGACACAGCAUGGGCGGCAAGACGGCCAUGACCGCUGCCCUCACGCAGCCCGAGCUGGUGGAGCGGCUGGUGGUGGUGGACAUCAGUCCGGCUCAGAGCAACACCAGAACCAACUUCCACGAGUACAUCCGCGCCAUGCAGGGCGUGGAGAUCCCGGACGACCUGCCGCGUUCCACCGCCAGACGGAUGGCCGAAGACCAGCUGCGGCACCGAGUCAAGGAGCACUCGGUGCGUCAGUUCCUGCUCACCAACCUCGUGGAGCAGAACGGCCGUUACGCCUGGAGGGUCAACCUGGACGCCGUCUCGGUUCACCUCGAUGACCUCAUGAGCUUCCCGAGCUUCGACUGUUCGUAUCGGGGCCCCGCGCUCUUCCUGGGCGGAACCAGUUCUGCGUACAUCAGCUCCGAAGAUUACCCGGAAAUCGAGAGGCUGUUCCCCUGCGCCAACAUCCAGUACAUUCCCGACGCCAGCCACUGGAUCCACGCCGACAAACCGCUGGACUUCAUCAGCUCCAUCAUCUCCUUCCUGCAGUCCUAACAACGCCGUCGUCGUCCUGCGCCUUCCCGUGAUGGGCUCAGAACUCGGGGAGGGCGACGCAAGUCAACGUCUUGUUGCUUGUGUCGAGGAAAUUGCGUGACUACGGGCCGGUGUCGUGCGGGACCGUACUGGAUGCCGACGUCCUUCUGUUACUGUUACACACCCGCACAUAGAGCGAACCCGCGUUUAUUGCGAAGGGGUCUGGGGUUUCCGGAAUCCCCCGCAAAGGUAUUCCUUAGCACCUGCUGUCACUUUCUCGCCGUCAAGAAAUGGGAGACUCGAAAUGGAGACGUGACUUUGAAGAAACCAAAACACGAAAACCUUCUGGCGCGCACGGGCCUCCGAAUAAGAGGGCAAGCGUGCUUCCUUUGAGCCGUUUUGUCAGUCGACCAGAAAAAUUGGCGCAUAAAACAAAUUGCGGUAUUACGUAUUUCAGAACGAAUUAUGUUCAAACUUGGGGCUGCUGAUUUUUUUUUUUUUUUUUUUUUUUACGAUGAGUCUGACUCCAAUUAAAAAAAAAAAAAUGCUUUGUUCAAAAAAAGAUUUCAAAUUGACUUGUUUUCCCAAAUUCAAGCCCAUCUUUGCAAAGAUAUUCAAAAAUGAGGAUUGACAGUCUGCUAAUCCUCCGAUUUUUAACCCACAUCACAUACGGCGGAGCAGCAACAACCAAGUGGAUUAUGCAGUAUUAGUCGCUGUCAAAUAUUCCCCCUGCGAUGUGUGAGGAACGAAUAUUACAACCCGCUGCUGAGCUUUUCCUCUUACUCAAUUCGGCUGCGUAGUGGUCAAAGCUGCCCGCGGUGUUGUAGCACAGCCUGUACGCCUCUUAAUUCAGGACUUGGGGGUGGGGGGGGGCUAAAAAUAAAAACUGUAAUAGCAAAAAGCGCAAAUGAUGCUAUGCGAUAAUGCUGGCAAACACUGAAUACAGCUAUUAUGCUGCCAUUUUUAGAUAAGCUAUGCUAAUUAUUUUGCUGCGUGUUAAAGGGAGGGGUUGUCUUAUCCAAUAUCCACUGUCCAAGCUGCUUAUCCAUACAAGGGAGCAGCAGAGCUCAUCCCUAUCUUAGCUAACAUUGGGCGAAAGGGAGACUGCAGCCUAAACCGGUCGCCAGUCAGUCGCAGGGCGUAUAGCGACGGCAUCGAUGAGCGGGAAUUGAUCGCCUAAUAUGUGUCUAAUAUGACGUAGAAAAAUAAGUUUAAGAUGUUUAACAGACCUUGCGAUCGUCUGACUGGAUGCAACAUCGAUGAGCGGGAAUUGAUCGCCUAAUAUGUGUCUAAUAUGACGUAGAAAAAUAAGUUUAAGAUGUUUAACAGACCUUGCGAUCGUCUGACUGGAUGCAAAUGAGCAACUCGCCAGCGAGGCAUUGUGUUCUUCCCGAGCCUUCAAAAGGGUUUUGAUUGUCGUGUCGAGACGUAUUUAUGAAUUGUUCAUCGCAGAAGUCGCUGCAAACUAAUACUGACAGAGUUACGCAACCGAGAAAGGCGUAUUUCCGUGUUUACGACGUCGGACGCGUCGGGAUCAGCUCCCCAGUCGGCAAUUUGAUCGGCAGCCGGCCUGCGCGUCAGUUUUACGAGCAGCCGCGACGCGGCAGACGCGCCCGCGGCUCCUCUUUGAAAUGAUUUCCGUAUAUGCCACAAUUGGAGCUUUUCCAUGCAUGCUUGUGUCCCUCAGUGCAAAUGGAUUUAUGUAUGUGUCCACAUAGAAUCUCAAUGUAAACAUAAUAUAUUGUAUAAUCAUAAUAUAAUAAUGUGGUGAAGACUGA